UGAGAAUGUUACAGCUGGAACAAUCCACGUUCUCUUUUACCCAACUUGGGCCUCCUUUAUGCUUUCAUCAAUCCACAUUUGAAUCUUAUUCCUAUCAAUUCUUACUUAAUGGUAAUUUCUCGUUUUGAUGAUUAUAUAAUACGCCAUCUGCUAGUGUGAAGUACUUACAGAUAUUUUGCUAUAAGAUAUCAUCUAAGCAGCCUCAGAUUCAGUUCCUAAUAGGCACAAUGGGUUUGAUGAUAUCACGGCUAUUCAGAAUGCUGUAUUCAAAGAAAGAAAUGAGGAUUCUCAUGGUGGGUCUUGAUGCUGCUGGCAAAACCACCAUACUCUAUAAGCUGAAACUUGGAGAAAUCGUCACUACCAUACCAACCAUAGGUUUCAAUGUUGAGACUGUUGAGUACAAGAAUGUUAGCUUCACAGUUUGGGAUGUUGGAGGACAAGACAAGAUUCGACCACUGUGGAGACAUUAUUUUCAGAACACACAAGGGCUUAUCUUUGUGGUAGAUAGCAAUGACAGAGAAAGAAUUUGUGAAGCCAGAGAUGAACUCCAUAGGAUGCUAAGUGAGAUUGAACUUCGUGACGCAACAUUGCUAGUUUUUGCCAAUAAGCAAGACCUUCCAAAUGCCAUGAGUGUUUCAGAAAUAACAGAUAAACUCGGUUUGCAUUCGCUUCGCCAGCGCCGCUGGUACAUUCAGGCAACUUGUGCUCCAUCUGGCCAAGGACUAUACGAAGGGCUUGAUUGGUUAUCCAGUAACAUAUCCACCAAGAUGCAGGACGUACGGUUUCCCGCUGAUGCAUGCUGGAGACUUCUAUACUUGCGAAGAUCCUUUGUUCUCGGGGCUACGUUUUGGUUUAUAUGUUUUGCUUAGAUACUUUUAUCUCCAUUAAAUAAUACAAACUAUGAUGACUCCUCUUAUGGGAGAUUUU